UAAAAAGUUAUCUCAUCUCUCUCAACGCAAACACCAAAUCCAAAUUUAGGGUUUUCUUUUUCUCAAUUCGAUCUUUGUGAAGUUGUAUUGAAAUCGCGAAGAUGACAUCAACAGGAUCCUUCUCUCACCAAAGAAACGCACAAUACCGAAACGCAAACGCUGGAGGAACGCUGAAGAGACGAUUCGACGACAAUCGCGGUUACGGAGGCGGAAUCGGAGAUAACCAAGAGAAUCGGAACCGUUACGCGCCGUCUCAGAAACGUUUCAGACCGCAAACGCAAACGCAACAACAGAAUCAGUUUCGAUCUGGCAAGAUUCCUCUGUAUCAUCAUCAUCAUGGUAGUUAUAAUAACGUGUCUAGGGUUUCAUCUCAAUCAUAUAACAAUUACGGUGUUGUUGAUGUGAUUGCUUCUAAUUCAAGUUUUCCAUUACAUAACAAUGAUUCUUCUAACACCAACAAUUACCAGAAACCCUUUGGUUAUGGUAAUAACAACAACCCUAAUCCCCAAUUUGUUCCGGUUCCAUUACCUUAUCGUAAGCUUAACGAUGAUGUUUCUUUAGAUUCGUUGCCUGAAUGGGUUCCGAACCAAACCCUAACUUCGAAUUAUCCUGUUAGCAAUAUGAAUGUUCAAGCACCUGUUUUUACGAAUUUUUCGAAUCCGAUGAUAUUGAAUCAUUCGAACAUGGCUUCUGUUGUGUCGCAAUCUAUGUCUCAACCAAUUUUUGUGAGCAAAGAGUUAACAGAGUUGCUUAACGUUCUCAACAAUGAGAAAGAAGCAAGUAAACCUGGUGAAUUGCCUCUAGGGUUAAGCUUUGAUAACCCAUCGUCGCUUAAUGUGAGACAUGAGUCUGUGAUUAAGUCUUUGUAUGCUGAUAUGCCGAGGCAAUGUUCGGCUUGCGGCGUGAGAUUCAAGUGUCAAGAAGAUCAUAGCAAGCAUAUGGACUGGCACGUAAGGAAGAACAGGAUGGCUAAACCUGGUGUGAGACAAGGCCAGCAACCGCAGAAAUCGCGGGGAUGGUUAGCGAGUGUACCCUUAUGGCUCAGUGCAGCAACUGGAGGAGGGAUGGUAGAAUCGGCGAAACCGUCUUUUGGAGGAGAAACACAGAAGAAGAAAGACAACGAGGAAGAGCGAAAAGAACUCGUUGUGCCGGCGGAUGAAGAGCAGAAGAAUUGCGCGUUAUGCGAAGAGCCCUUUGAAGAGUUCUUUAGCCAUGAAGCUGAUGAUUGGAUGUACAAAGACGCAGUCUAUUUUAACAUGAACGGGACUAUAGUUCAUUCUAAGUGUAUGCCUGAAACCAAACCCGCAAAGGAACCAAGAGAGAUCCCGAGUAUAAUGCCUGUUACAGUUCCAUCUGUUGCGAGUGCAAUAGUCUGCUGAUUUGAGAUUUACAUUAGUCUUUCACAUCUCUCUUUUAGUCAUUCGUUUUUUACAGCAAUGUACAUACAUAAAUCAAGUUGUAAAGCAAAUUCAAA